CACAGCCAAAAUUCUCACAGCUAGAGAUCUUUUUCGUCGUCUCUCCCUUCGUUCGUGUUUCCGAUAACUUUUUCCGGCGAAUCUCUAAACAUCAAUGGCUGGUCGAGGUAAAACAAUUGGAUCCGCAGCGGCAGCAAAGAAGGCCACCUCAAGAAGUAGCAAGGCCGGCCUCCAAUUUCCCGUCGGUCGUAUCGCUAGAUUUCUCAAAGCUGGAAAGUACGCCGAGCGUGUUGGUGCCGGUGCUCCAGUGUACCUUGCCGCCGUUCUAGAAUACCUCGCCGCUGAGGUGCUUGAGUUGGCUGGUAAUGCAGCGAGGGACAACAAGAAAACGAGAAUUGUGCCGAGACACAUCCAAUUGGCUGUGAGGAACGAUGAAGAAUUAAGCAAGCUUCUUGGUGACGUUACUAUUGCAAACGGUGGUGUUAUGCCUAAUAUUCACAACCUUCUUCUUCCCAAGAAAACCGCUGGUUCUUCGAAGGCUUCUGUUGACGACGAAUAGAGAGUUGCAUCCAUCAAGAUGGAAGGAAACGGUUUAGCCUUUGAUCUUUCAUCUUUCGUGCAUCAAAGAAAGUGUUUUGAUUAGACAUUGUGUUCAUAUAUCCCAAUCUAGUGAAAAUUUCUUAGCUUUUCUA